AUGUUACAAUUUAAAUUGGUCCUUUUAGGUGAUUCAUCUGUUGGUAAAUCCUCCAUUGUUAAUCGUUUCGUCAAAGAUUCGUUUGAUGAAUUACGUGAGAGUACAAUCGGUGCUGCUUUUCUAUCUCAAACGAUUACUUUAAAAAAUAAAACAGUCAUUAAAUUUGAAAUUUGGGAUACUGCUGGUCAAGAACGUUAUAAAUCACUGGCCCCUAUGUAUUAUAGAAAUGCAAAUGCUGCAUUAGUUGUUUAUGAUAUAACGGAAAAUGAUUCUUUGAUGAAAGCUCAGAGUUGGGUUGAUGAAUUGAAAAGUAAAGUUGGUGAUGAAAAUUUAGUGAUUUGUCUUGUUGGUAAUAAAAUUGAUUUAUGCGAUGAAGAUGAAAGUAAGAGGGUUGUUUUGACAAAAGAUGCCAAAGAUUAUGCUGAUGAACAAAAUUUAAUGUUUUAUGAGGUUAGUGCUAAAUCAGGUGAGAAUGUGAAGGAAGUCUUUCAAGUUAUUGGAGAAAAAUUAUACGAGGAUAAGAUAUUACAAGAUAAGGCAAAUACAGAAAGUCAAUCAAACUCUGGAUUAAAUUCUUCUAAUAAUGGUGGUUCUAAUAAUGAUAAUAAUAUCAAUCUAAACAAUAGGCCAUCGACUAACAAUCAAUCAUCUUCCUGUUGUUAA